AUUUCCAUUUUCUGGCUCUCCCUCUUCGUCAACCUGAACCUCAAUCCUCUCAAAAUAUCUAUCUUUUACCCUUCAAACCCAGCAAGAACACACCUUUGCUUACGCUGAAUCUAUUGACAAUUUUCAUUAAUUUGGAAUUCAUGGCGGCGGCUCCUUUCUUACUCGAAUCAAACCUCAAAUGGAAUCCCCUUUUACAUCCCAAUUCAAUUCGAUUGAUCCGCUCCAAUUCCAUCAGAGUACUUCCCAGGUUAACCAGGUCUCCCAAACUCUCCCUUAGCUGCUGUUGCAUGAACAACAACAACAACACAUCUAAUAUCAGCGAGCGAGAACCUAAUUCGAACCCAUUUGAGAUUCUCGCUAGAACCGUCAUGAAUGCCAUCAAAGAAUUAAGAAAACCCGCUAUUGCUGCAGUUUUGAUGGGAUUACUUCUGAUGUAUGAUCCGAAUUCAGCACUUGCAGCUUCCGGAGGGAGGAUGGGUGGGAGGUCUUUCUCCUCGAAUUCGUCUUCUUCAUCGAGAAGUUAUUCAUCACGUUCUGCUGCGCCUAGUUUUUCCUAUUCAACGCCUUAUUAUGCUCCCACUCCAUUUGGGGGAGGUGGGUUUUAUGUUGGGCCGGCUGUUGGGUUUGGAGCUGGUUCGAGUUUCUUCUUCAUUUUGAUGGGAUUUGCAGCUUUUAUGUUGGUCUCUGGAUUUUUAUCGGAUCGUUCUGAUGAUGGUCUUCUUUCGGCUACUGAGAAAACCAGUGUUUUGAAGCUUCAGGUUGGCUUGCUUGGAUUGGGGCGAGACCUUCAAAGAAAACUUAACAGGAUAGCUGAAACUGCAGAUACAUCUACGCCACAGGGUCUGACCUUUGUAUUGACUGAAACAACGCUCGCCUUGCUCCGAAACCCUGAUGUUUGCAUAUCCGGCUAUUCAUUGGUGGAUGUUAAGCGAGGUGUUGACGAAGGUGAGAAGCGAUUUAACCAACUUUCAAUUGAGGAAAGAGGUAAAUUUGACGAAGAAACCUUAAUCAAUGUUAACAACAUUAGAAGACAAAGCACUAGCAGCCAGAGAUCAACUGGAUUCAGAAACGAGUACAUUGUUAUAACGAUAUUGGUGGCUGCGGAAGGAGUACAUAAACUGCCAACCAUCAAUGGCAGUGGAGACUUGAAGGAAGCUUUGCAAAAGCUUGCUUCUAUACCUGCAAAUAGAAUACAGGCUGUUGAAGUUCUAUGGACACCUCAGAAUGAGAACGACACACUUUCAGAGAGGGAAUUGAUCGAAGAUUACCCGCUCUUGCGUCCUCUAUGAGAAUCGAAAGAGAUAAAUCAAAAUGGUUGGUGGAUAUUGAAUAUAGAUAUUAGCUUUGAUGUUCAUAUGAAUUUUGGAAAGUUUUAUCAAGCUAAACAUGACUUGAAUGAAAUAGAAUCAUGGUUGAUGGUAUCUAAAAUUCUGUUGUCAUCAAUUAAUUUGUUAAAUGGUCAGUUUGAUUCAGCUUAUUACUAAGA